AUGUCUCAUGUCGUCGUUGUCGGUAGCGGCGUCAUUGGUCUCAGUGUAGCGUUUGAAUUGGUCUCCAAUGCCGCACUAAGACCCACAUCGCUUUGCAUCAUAGGGCAGCAUUUCCCUCGUGACGAGCCCGUCAGCCACGAAUUCACGUCACCCUGGGCCGGCGCCCAUUUCCGUCCGUUCCCACAUCGUCCAGAAUCUUACAAGAGUGAUCAGCGCGAGUCCCGCUACACGCGCGACACGUACCGCGCGCUCAAGCAUGUUGCUCGUUACCAUCCGGAAAGCAGCGUCGAGUUCAUGAAGGGUGUGGACCUGCUUGAGGAUCCCUCACCAGAGUACGCCUGCGAGGGUCCCGGGUUCAAUGCAGAUUCGUUAGACGCGUUCCGUCGACUGUGCGACUCGGAACUGCCAAAGGACGUCAAGAUGGGAUUCGAGUACGAUACGUUCUGCUUAAACGCGCCCGUGUACCUUACGUUUCUACAAGAUCGCGUCCGCGACCUGUGUCAGCAUUUCAACGUGAAGUUUGAACUGAAACGCAUGACGUUGUCCUCUUUGCAAGAGGCCUUCCACAUAUACCCGCAAACCACAGCACUUUUCAACUGUUCCGGUAACGGACUACAAUUGGAUGGCAAGCAGGAUCCGGCUUGCUUUCCUAUACGCGGCCAAACUUUGUUGGUAGACGUGCCUCACGACACCGCCUACGCGCAUAAGACUGUUACACAUCAGGCCCGCGACGGCAACUGGACUUUCGUUAUCAAGCGUCCUGCUCCAUAUGGCAAGCGUUCCUCACAAUAUAUCGUUGGAGGCACCAAGCAAAUCGGCGACGCAACAGUCGUGGCUCGCGAGUCAGAUUCUAAUGCGAUCCUACAAAGAGCAUCUGUACUUUUUCCAGAAUUAAUGGUGGACGGCCAAUUCUCGGUCAAACGUGUCAACGUCGGGUUUCGGCCAGCAAGAUACGGCGGUAGCCGUGUUGAGCUAGAGCGUACUGAUCAGGGUCCCGUUGUCGUCCACUGCUACGGGUUUGGCGGUAUGGGGUUCGAGACAUCACUAGGCGCUGCUCUCGAUGCACUGCGUGUAUACCAAAAGGCGAUCCGCCCUAACCGCGCCAAACUUUAG